AUGAUUCCUGUCCUCCUGGCAAUACUUCCACAGCACUCACCUUCUGUGCCUCAAACCAAGAAGUCCCCUUGUUUCCCAAAAACCAGUUCCAGCCUCUCCAAAGAUGGAGACCUGGUGAUUGGGACUUUUCUCCCCUUGUAUUCAUUUGAAGUUAGCAGUGUCAGAGGAGCGGGACUGUUUGGGAGCCAUCCUGACAGGGGCUGUAGGGAUUACAAGUGGCUACAUAAAAAUUACCAGCAGGUCCUGGCCCUGGUAUUUGCUGUGGAGGAGAUCAACAAGGACCCAAAUCUGUUACCGAAUAUUUCUUCUCUGGGAUUCUACCUCUACAAUGCAUACCACAGUGAUGAGAGAACCUUGGAGAGUUCCUUGUAUUGGCUGUCUGGGCAGGGCCAGCUUGUCCCUAACUACAGCUGCAGGAGGCAAGAGAAGUCUGUAGUUGUCAUUGGAGGAGCCACAUCAGCUCUAUCUGUCCAGAUGGGGACACUGUAUGACCUCUACAAGGUUCCACAGAUCAGCUAUGGUCCUUUUGAUUCUAUCUUGAGUGACAAGAGUCAGUUUCCUUUUCUCUACCAGCUGGCCCACAAGGACUCCUCUUUGUACCAUGGUAUUGUUCAAUUAAUGGUACAUUUUGAAUGGACGUGGGUAGGUCUGGUGACCACAGAUGAUAUGAGAGGUGAGGAAUUUCUCUGGAACUUAAGAAGGGACAUGAUCAAGCAUGGAAUCUGUCUAGCCUAUGCUGAAAAGAUCCCAGUUAGUGAGAGAAGACACACAGAAUCUCAGGAUAUGUUUGUGCCCCGAAUCAUACAAUCUUCAGUCAAAGUCAUUGUCAUUCAUGGUGACACAGAUUCACUUAUGAUCCUUAGAUAUUCACAGCCUAUUCAUGUCUUCCUAUGGAAGGUCUGGAUCUCUACAUAUCAUUGGGAUAUCACCAUGAGACCCCAGUGGAAUGAUGGCUACAGUUUCCAAGGGGCACUUUCAUUUUCACCGAUGACAAAAGAUGUGCCUGGUUUCAAGACCUUUCUCAGGACUGUGAACCCAGAAAAAUAUCCAGAUGACAUUUUACUUAAGGAGUUCUGGUGCUCAGCAUUCAAAGGAAAAGAGAAACUUGAAAAUCAGGAUCAAAAGGAAUGCUCACCCAAUGCCUCCUUGGAGGCUCUAUCUCUGCGUUUCUUUGACAUGGCUAUGACUAGUAUGAGUUACACCAUCUACAAUGCUGUGUAUGCUGUGGCCUGGGCCCUCCAUGAAAUGCUCCUGAUGACAUCAGAAAGAAAAUCUAUAAGAGAUGGAGAAAGCUGGGCUCCUCAGCCAUGGGAGCUCCACUCCUUUUUGAAGAACACCCAUUUUAUCAACAGUGCUGGUGACCAGGUGUUUGUGGAUGACACAGAAAAUUCUGAGGCCCAAUAUGACAUUAUGAAGUAUUUGUUCUUCCACAAUGAGACUGAAACUCUGGUGAAAGUGGGACAGUUUAUCCCCAAGGCUCCCAUUGGUCAAGAUUUCACCAUUUGUGAAGAGGAGAUAGUGCAGAGCUGGUUUGAGUCAAAGUCUCCCCUUGCUGUGUGCACUGAUAGCUGUGGUCCUGGAUUCAGGAAAACUCCAAGGGAAGGAGAGCCCAUCUGCUGUUUUGAUUGUUCUCCAUGCCCUGAGGGGGAGAUUUCCAAUCAGAUGAAUACAAAACAGUGUAUGAAAUGUCCUGAACAAGAAUAUCCUAAUCAGGAGAGGGAUCGCUGCCUCCCCAAAGCUCUUACCUUCUUGGAUAUCAAAGAACCUUUGGGAAUGACUCUAACUUUUGUGGCCCUUUUCUUUUCUGUGCUGACAGUUCUGAUUCUCUUGGUCUUUGUGAAGUUUCGUGAUACCUCCAUAGUCAAAGCCAAUAACAGGGCCCUGAGCUAUACUCUACUCAUCUCCCUCACCUUUUGUUUCCUCUGCUCCUUGCUCUUCAUUGGCCGUCCCACUGCAGCCACCUGCCUCUUCAGACAAACAACUUUUGGGCUUGUCUUCACUGUAGCUGUUUCUUCCAUUUUAGCAAAAACCAUUCUGGUAGUUUUGGCAUUCAAAGUUAAAAUACCAGGAAGCAGGAGAAAGAUAUGGCUGCAACCUAGAGUAUCCAACUUCAUUGUACUCCUUUGUUCUGGGAUUCAAGUAAUUCUCUGUGGCAUCUGGCUGGGAAUAUCUCCCCCCUUUCCAGACAUAGACACACAUUCCCACCCCAGUCAGAUCAUCAUUGAAUGUAAUGAGGGCUCUGUUCUUGGUUUUUACUGUGUUUUGGGUUACAUUGGCUUCCUAGCCUUGGGGAGCUUCACAGUGGCUUUCCUGGCCAGAAGCCUCCCUGACACCUUCAAUGAAGCCAAGUUCAUCACCUUCAGCAUGCUGGUGUUCUGCAGUGUGUGGGUCUCCUUCCUGCCCACCUACCAGAGCACCAAGGGCAAAGCCAUGGUGGUGGUGGAGAUCUUCUCUAUCCUGGCAUCCAGUGCUGGCUUACUAAACUGCAUCUUUAUUCCCAAAUGUUAUGUAAUCUUGUUGAGGCCAGAUGGGAACACUCAGGAAUACAUAAGAAAUAAGUCAUAUUGCAAGAGUGGGAAGCACUCAGUGUGA